AAGAAGUCGCGACUACUGGUAGUACGGAUAUUCGGCCUCCUGGAAGAACACCGACUACGCAACACUGAGAAGCGAGGCAGGGAUAUCUUAGUUUAUCAACCGUGCAGGCAUUGGUUUACAGAACUUGGCUUGCUCUACCGAGGAAAAUCCACCAAGACCACCCUCCAACCGCUACGACAGCGACUGUCCUUUCCAUCCGAUACGAGUCGUCUCGCUAUCCUUAUCCUCCCCCGAAGACUUCCUCUUUCCCUACUCUGGCCCACGACCAGGGAGUCUUUCACGGCUAGAGAGGCGCCAGUAGUUCGUCACAGGUCGACCACUCGCCCAACUGCUCCUUCGCGAUAGGGUAGUCCUAAAAAGGCGAAAACAACAACCGAGACGGAACACGAGAACAAAAAAGCAAAAAACCCUCCCUUCACGCACAAUGUCCUAUUUCCGCAUCACCCUCCACCGCUCCGCCAUCGGGCUGCCCAAGCGCACCCGCGGCGUGCUCGCCGCCCUGGGCCUCCGCCGCCGCACCCAGACCGUGUUCCACCCCGUGAGCCCGGAUUUCGCCGGCAUGAUCAUGAAGGUCAAGGAACUUGUGCGCGUCGAGGAGGUGGACCGCGCGCUGACCAAGGAUGAGGUCAAGGCUUCCAGGAGGCCUGAGAGGGGCUUCUGGGUCGAGAAGCCUGUUCCCCGGUGAAUAAGGCGAGGCGAGGGCCAAUUGACGGGUUGGUUGAACCUUUUCUGCGGAGUUUCUCUUGUGUGGGCAAUUUGGAGUUUGGUUUCAUACAUCGCGAAGAGGAAGAGGAGGAUGAAAUGCGAGGUAUAUUGAGUGGAACUCAGUGUGUGUGUGUGUGUGGAGGGUGUCAGGCGGAUGAUAGACGAGGAGGAGGAGGACGUUGGUCAUUGCCUCAAAUCAUGAUGAUACGGGGCAAAAGCUUUAUCCUCGCCUUCCAAGUCAACAGAUGAUAGACUGGCUGAAUGACCGUGUACUAUACUCAAAAACAUUUGUACACAUAGGCGUAUACUAGACAACCAAAUCGAGAGAUAACCAUAAACGUGAUGGGAGCAUAGGAAAUGGUCGA